AUGGUAACUCGAUCUUCCAAGAAAAAGAAUUUUUCCAAAACAACUCGGAAAAGAAUAAUUCAGGCUCAUGCAGGAAUGGAGAGCAAAUAUAAUAACGAAGUAAGGCUUAGGAAGGAAACAGAAGAAGCACUUGCUAGAGAAAAAGAACAAGUAGAGAAAUUGAAGCUUCAAAUGGUAAAUCUCAAAAUCAAACAUGAGGAUAUGUGUAUCAAGGCUGAGGAGUUCGAGAGCAAGCACAAUAACGAAGUGAAGCUUAGGAAGGAAACAGAAGAAGCACUUGCUAGAGAAAAGGAGGAAGUAAAGAAAGUAAAGCUUCAACUUGUAAAUCUCAAAAUCAAACAUGAGGAUAUGUGUAUCAAGGCUGAGAAGUUCGAGAGCAAGUACAAUAUCGAGCUGAUUUUCACGAAAUCUCUUUUAAAAGAACAACUAGAGCUUAAGAUACUCAAAGGUCUAGUUGAAUCUUGCAACAAAAAAGCGAAAAUACGAUGCGAGAAGAGAGGGACAAUGCUCUCAGAUGCAAUACGAGAAGAGAAGGACAAUGCUAUCAACUUAGUGCAUGAGAUUAUGUGUGUCAAGGGGUUCAAGAGUAAGGACAAGAGCGAGCCAAUUCUCACGAAAGCUCUUUUGAAAGAAAAACAAGAGCAUGCAGAUGCGAUGCGAAAAGAGAGGGACAAUGCUAUUAAAUUAGUCAAUGAGACAACAACAAGAAAGCAAGAGAUUAUGAAAGAUCCACAAUUGACAAGCAAUGGAUAUACGUACGAAGCAGAAGCAAUUAAGAGAUGGCUUAACAAUGGUCAUGAUACAUCGCCAAUGACAAAUCUCAAGCUUUCUCACAUAGUCACAUCAAUCUUGUCCCUAACCGAGCUCUCCGGUCAGCUAUUCAGGAGUUGGUUUGAUUCUUCUUGCUUUUUGAACCGGUUUAGUCUAAGUUGA